AUGAGUGAAUUUGAGUCUAAAGAAACUCCCGAAAAGGUGGAGAAGGCACCAGUGGCCUUAGGUGGCGAUGUUGAGCAGACAGUCACCGAAGAGGUUACGAAGGGGAUAGAAGUUGAAAAGAAGGUAGAAGAGAAAAUAGAAGAGGCUGAAAGCAAAAAGCUAUCCGUUACAGUUCAUGAUGUGGAAGCAGAAACUAGCAAAAAAACUGAUGAUGUUGCCAAGAAGGGGAGUGGAGAAGCCGUCCAGACAACGGAUGUCACAACACCACCACCUCAAUGCCCAUACAGUCAUGCUAGUCAGAGGGAUGCUCCAUCUCCCGAUGCCCUGGAAGAAACGGAUGAACAAUUGUUCAGGAAUCCUUUGGAUCCCGACAUGGAUGAUCUCCAGUACAAGCUGCGUAUGUUUGCUAUGUUGGGACUGUUUCCAUUCUUCUGGAUCGGAUGGCUUGUUGGUGCUAUUUACGGGGCGAUUAAGCGCAAGACUAAGGCAAUCCAUGUUAAGCUAAUGAAAUUGCUUAUAUUCUUGGCCUUUAUUGGUGCAUUGGUUGUCGCUCUCAUUGUGAUAAUUAUAUACACUUCCUUGAAACCGGAUUCAGAGUCAACCGCUCCAGCCGUUUCCACUAGUUCCACUGCAACGUCCAUCUCAUACUCUGCGAAACAAAUGUGCGGGGAAUAUGAAAUUGAGACAUUAAAGAUCUCCAAAGCUAAAAACAAGAAAUCAAUGUUAUUUAUUCUGGGCGAUCUUCAUGAAUCCUGGAACUUACACAAACUCUUCACUGACGUAGAAGCAAAAGGUUACAACGUAUUUGCCGCUAAUGUUACCAAAGAUACCGUAAUUGCGACAUCAACUAUAGUCGACGCAUCCGAUCUAAAGUACGGUCUCAAAAAAUACAAGAAGAUCGCGGAAUGUCUCAGAGUAGAGCCCGAGACCCCAUUCACUAUGGUAGCAGCUAUGGGUCGUGACGACGCCAAAUUAUUCACCAGCGCGGGAACACUCGCGAGUUUUACAGCCUUCGUGGCCAUCAACGAUGAAGAAGUAAUACCCGCUUCAGAGAGGUCAGAAGUCCCGACCUCGGGGAUGGAUAGGAGUGGUGAAAUUGCUAGUCAUAUCGUAUACAUUGGCAGUUUUAUUGAUUGUGGCAAGCCGGUUUUGACACCGCCAGAAGCAACGGUCAAAGGACGAAAGAAGUACGAUGUCAAGCGUGCUGCGUAUAAAGAAAUCACAAGACUCUUCUUCACUAACGACCCUUCAAAAUCUCCUACAAGGAAGAUUAAAAAGGACAGUAGUGAACUAACCGACAAAUACUUGGAAAGCAUUAGAGGGCCAUUGCAAGACCUUGCCAGCUACGAAACUUUAGUCGAGGCCAGCGACAACACCGGACUGUGCUUGAAGAGUUUGAUAUAA